AUGGAUACAAUACCAAAGACACUUGAUUUUAGUGUCAACAAUACAACUACAUCAACAACAUCAACAUCAAUGAUGACAUCAUCGUCGUCAUCAUCUGCAGCAAUGUCAAUAAUGACAACAUCUGAUCCAUCAAGAGUGGAAUCUAUAUCAUCAGACAGUUGUCCAGAGACACCUGAACUAUCAAAUGUACAUCCCAGACGUAGACUAUCAUUCCUUCCACCCACACCAAAGAACAACAGAGUCUACAACAACAGCCACAAUCGUCCACCUCCAAUACUCCACGAGCCCAUCCUCUCAGUCGAGCCUUCCCUAUAUCCCAAGUCUGACACGCCCACCCUGGCGCCCACCCAGCUCUUCAAAGAGCCUACGAACCUGUCAGAUGACGAGGAAGAUGAUGGCGAUGAUGAUAAAGAAGAGGUGGAUGAUAAAGUAAUUGAUCAACAGGAGGGUGAUGCAGGUGCAGGGGAACAUGUGUUGGAACCAACGAUAAAUGCAACUGUACAAUGGACUGUGAAUAGUACAGAGUCUGAUGAUGUCAAGUUUGAUCGAGGUGAUAAUGUUGUCAUCCCAGAGACACCACCAUCACAUGGUAGUAGCAAUGCCAACAAUAGUGUAACAGACAGUGGAGUGGAUAUAAUCAAUACUCCAUCACCACCAACAGCAACAGUAACAACAUCAUCAACAUCAGCAACAGGAGAUGACUUGAUUGACAGGUUGAUUGAGGAGCCUGAGGCCACUCAGGGCGUGGAAAUGGAGAGUGCCAGCUUUGGAAGCAGCGUUGGUGAGCCAUUCAUACAGAGUCAUCACACUGCCAAGCAGGAGGAGCCGAAGGAUCCAGCAUUGUUCUACUCGUACCAUGAGCUCAAUCAACAGAUUGCCAAGAGCAAGCCAUCCAACAAGCGUGUGUUGGAAGAGGUGUGCUCCAGUGUUGAUCAAGACGGCAACGAUGAUGAGAACCAAGAUGGAUUCAUCGAGAAGAAGUCCAAACUUGAGCACUCUACUUCAUCAACAUCAACCUCAACAACAUCUACAUCGUCAUCAAUUGCGCCAACCAUUCCAAUGAGGUCACGCAUCAAGAAGAGUGGUAGUGGUGGCAGCAGGCGAUCUUUGACAAAGCCCACCCCUCCAACUCAGGCUCCACCAAUGAAGGGUUUGGACUUGGAGGAUAGUGAGAUGUUGGAGCCAGUACCAGAGGUCACCAAUCGAAGAGCUAUCUUGGACACAUUGAAGGCAAAGGAUAAGCAGACCACAAAGAGACUGCAAGGAACUAGACCAACACCUCCUGCUGCUCAACAAUCAAAGUCAAAGUCAAAGUCAAAGAGCAAGAAGAGGAGCCCAAGAGUGAGCGAAUCAGUUGAGAUCGAGGAGGAUGAAGAGGAAGAGGAACAAGUGGAGCAAGAGGAAGAACAGGAGGAGGGGCAAGAGGAGGAUGAUGACAUGGUUGAUGUCGCCCAAGAGUGUACAGACGAAGAUACAGAGAUUGAAACCACGGCCAAGGUUAAUGAGGAAGAGGAUGAGGACGAGGAGGUUCAGCAAGAUGAAGUUGAGGAAGAAGAGGAGAAGGAGGAGGAAGAGGAUUAUGUUGAGAUGACAGAGGAUGAAGGACAAGAGUCAUCAGAGGAGAAGGAAGAAGAAGAGGAAGAGGAGGAGGAAGAGGUGGAGCAGGUGCAACAAAAACGAACAAAGAAGAAGCCAUCAACUGUACUGACUCAGAGGAGUUCGAAUGCAUCCAACAAGACAUCAAAGGUUGCAUCAGGCAAGAGCCAGAGUCAAAAGAAGAUAGUUAAAAAGGCGGCAGACAGCAGCGAUGAGAGUGAUAAAGAGGAGGAGGAGGAAGAGCCAAAGAAGAAGAAUAAGAAGUCUGGACAAUCAAAGAGAACUCAAUCUCAAACUCAAACUCAAUCACAAACUCAAUCUCGAGGCUCACAAAGAACUCAAACCAAGAGUCAAACAUCUAAUCUAUUCAAAGGUUACCUAUUCAUGGUGACAGGACUAAAGGAUACUGAUAACCCCAACACAAACAUCACUUCAUUGAUAAAGGACAAUGGUGGAGGCAUUUAUGAGAUACAUGACUUCUUCAAUCGACACUCCAAGUCAAAGGAUACAACCAAGUUCAUGUUGAUUGCCAAACAAUCAGAGACCACCAUCAAGUACAUCAGAGCCAUAAUCGCCGGUGUACCAUGUAUCAACUUCAAAUGGCUACUAGAUUGUUGUUCCAAACAGAGCAUAAUCCCCAACAACAGUUACAUACUACCAGCUGGAUACUCCUUGUCCAAAGAGUCAUUCGUCCAUCUGAGACUAUCAUCAUUCUUGAUUCUGUCUGAUCAACGAGUGGAGAUUGUGAGCAAGAAUGAGGAGUUUAGAGAACAGUGGUCUGUGAUUGUUAGGAUGCUUGGCGGAAAGUAUGUCAAGCGUCUGAUCAGUGUUAAGGACAGGAUUGACUUGGUGCUCUCUGAUGGCGAGUCACUUGAUCGACACACCAAGAAGCAUACAGAGACCCUUGGCAUACCAAUCGUCAAUCCCGAGUGGAUGAUCCAGUCCAUCCUUUCACAAAAGAUGUUGCCAUUCAAUGAAUGA